AUGAAUCAGACUCAACCAAGCAGCCAAGAAGUACCCGUCGCAGGCCCACCAGAAGAGACACAAGAAAGUCAAGACCCUCCGUGGCCAAGCGCCCAGGACAACGAUCAUGACCGCAAUGAGGGCGAAGUCAGUCAAGGCCGGGAAAACGACGGUAGCGACCGCGAAGUGAACCAAGACCGAGACAACGACGGCAACGACAGCGAUGCCAAAUCUCUCAGCUCUGGCUCCCAAAGCGACGACGAAGGUGACGUGAGCGGCAACGAGCCUCCCAGCGACGACGAAGGGUCUAGCGACGACAGCGGCUCAGACUCAGACGGCGAAGACGUUGAAAAGCACGUCCCACUCACCUACCAGAUACCGCGAGAAACGCUACGCACAGCCAUGAAAACAUCCAAAUCCAACGUCGAUGGUUCCUCGUGGAGCUACACGCUGUACCGCGGGCCCAACAACGAAGAGAUCGCCCUCCACUACUGCCGCAACAUGGAGGUCGCCGAGACAGUAGCGAAGUAUUUCCUGGACGAGCAGGUGCUCGGGUUCGACAUCGAGUGGAAGCCGAAUGCGUCUGCUGCGGCCGGGAUCAAGGGGAAUGCCUCGCUCAUUCAGCUUGCCAGCGAAAACCGGAUCGCGCUGUUCCACAUCUCGCUGUUCAAAGGCACUACGGCGGAAGAGCUUCUCCCACCCACCAUCAAGACCAUACUCGAAACCCCCGCCAUCCUCAAAACCGGCGUCGCCGUCAAAAGCGACUUCACCCGCCUCAAGAAGUUUCUCGGCGUCGAAGCCAGGGGUGUCUUUGAGCUGAGCCACUUGUACAAACUCGUCAAGUUCUCGAAAGACGAGCCUGAGAAAGUCAAUCGUACGCUCGUGUCGCUGGCAAAUCAGGUAGCGGAGCAUCUGCAGCUGCCUUUACAUAAGGGCGCUGUAAGGGAGAGCGAUUGGAGCAAGCCGCUACUGAUUGAGCAGAUGAGGUAUGCAGCGAGUGAUGCGUAUGCUGGGGUGAGGCUGUUUGAUGUGCUCGAGGCGAAGAGGAAGAAGCUGAGGCCGACACCACCGAGGCCGCAGUGUGCGGAGCUAGGAUUGCCUAUUGCGCUUGCGGGGGGCGUGAAGGUGAGGAGGGUUAAGUCGAAAAUGCCGGUUGUGGUGGUAGAGGAAGAAGAGGAGUCGGACGAGUAUGAGUCGGCGCUUGAAGAGCAGGAGGUUGAUAUCAGUGCUGUUACCAAGCAAAUCGGCCGCGUCAACCUCUCAACCACCUCGCCGUCCACCUCAGCCACCCAACAUCCCCCAACCUCCUCCCCAACAUCCGCCCUCGAACUCGCUGCCUUCUGGAUCGAUGCCUGGCACAACUCCCUGCCCAUGGAGUACCAACCGAAAGCAACCUCUGGCCAACUGCGCGCCUACGCGCUGUGGCACGAGCAGAAUCUCUCAGUGGCUGAAAUAGCGGCCCUGCUUCGAGAUCCGCCGCUCGCAAUCUCGACGGUGAGCAGCUAUGUCCUCACGGCGGUGAUGUUGGAGGGACUGCCGUACAAGGAGGAGCGGAUUAAGGUGUUGCUACUAGCGAUGCCGAGUAGGGUCGUGACGGCGAGGUAUAGAGGGAUUUUGAGGGGGUUGGGCGUGGAGGAGGUGGGGGAGUUGAGCGGGGCUUGA